CAACGCCUCCAUUUAACUAUGUAUGAGUACUGCAUACUGCAAACCGCAGUAUGAGUAUGUUUGUGGAUUGGCCUGCGUCUGAAGAAAAUCGUAUCCAGCUGCACCGUUCAAUUAUCUAAAUCAUGGUCCUGAAUUCACACAGAAAAUGCGCUGGUUCCUUCCUUUCGUCGUGGCAGUUUUUGUAGCCCCGUUUGAGGUGUCUGUUCCUGAUAAGCAAUUGAUGGCCAUUCGGGGCCGUCCAGCUGUAUUAGGCUGCAAGUUCACACCUGAUCCAGACAUCUCUAACCUGGUGGUUACCUGGCAACGGCAGGAGGACUCAAAGGUCGUGCACAGUUUCUAUUAUCAAAUGGACCAACUAGACCGGCAGAGUCCAGAAUACAACAGUCGGACAAUGCUUUUUAAAUCUGAGCUAUCUAAAGGAAAUGCCUCCCUACAAUUAACAGCCAUUAGCCAAAAGGAUAAAGGCGGAUACAUGUGUAUAGUGAGCAAUGCACAGGGAACCGGAAGAGCCUCGGUAGAGCUGACCUAUGGAGCUUUGUACUCUGAGCCCAGGUUAAGCAUCCACGUAAACUCCUCAAAAGUCACAGUGAAGUUUGAGACGGAGGGAUUUCCCAAGCCUGAUGUGAGCUGGCACGGAGAACAAGGUGAAAACCUUAUCCAUCACCUGGAGCUCUUUGAGCAGACUGAAGAUGGACUAUACAUCAUAAAGAGCAGCUAUGAAGCCCAAAAGCCAACGGUUAAUGUUACAUUUACACUAAAGAACCAGUUUCUCAACCAGAACCUUGAGAGACCUGUCAUCCUAACCUACGAUAAGGACGUGGCCACAAAUCAAGUGACAGUUGCACUUAUUGUAAUCUCCUUGAUGUGUAUUAUGUUUUUUAUCUGCAUCAUUUUGUUGAUGUUUCGGAGAUUUAAAAAGCAGAGGUUUGUCCCUGGAAUGAACCAUCAUAGUGGAUUGUAAAUGGAUCAUUAAAGGCAUCAUCAUUCAUUUCAUAUAUUCACUCCCUCCCUUUCAUUUUCACAUUCAUCUGUCAAAGUAAAUGAGGCCUCAAAAAGCUAAACCACAUAGAUAAAUAAAUAAUUCUGAGGUUUGAACAUGCAAUUAAGCAUUUUAAGCAUUAGAUUGUCAUAAAUCAAGUCAUAUGGGUGUGUUCUUAAAAUAAUUAAAGUGUUAAAAUCA